AUGUCUGAUUCCUCCAAUGGCGCCCAGCGCAACUCGUUCUUGUCACGAGCUUGCGAAAACUGCCGGCUGAGAAAAAUCAGAUGCGACAAGGCCAUCCCGUGCGCCAGCUGCAAGACGCUGGGCAUCGCUUGCCAGGCCGCUGCGCGCACCACCGAGCACCGACCGCGCGUGGUUAUCUCCAGCCAGUAUGAGAAGCAGAUCGAGCUGAUCCAGCAACGCCUCGCUUCGAUCGAGCGUAGCGUCAAGGACAUCUCGCUAUCGUCGUCGUCGCGCGGCGUGACGCCCGCCGCCCGCUCGUCGCCAGGUAACGAUCAGAACAGCAACCCGCGUACCAAUCUCUCCGCCUCCACCCAUGGCUCGCCCUCAACCCCCAUCGCCGCCUAUGAGGGUGACUCGUCCUUUGGCACGCAGACGCUCCAGGCGGGCGAGGCCGCUGACCGCACCGUCGCACGCGUCCUUGGUGGUCAGUCGACGGCUGAGGUUCGCAGCGCCCUGUCGUCCCUGCGCGACAGCCUCGAGACGCACGACUCGAACACGCGCGUGCAUGAAGCGUACCUGUCGCUGUCGGCACCGCGCGCCGGCCCGCCUGAGUUGACUCUGCCGCCGGUCGAGUUUGUGGUGGCUAUUGUGCGGAGGAUCAAGGUCCACCCGCCCUUCUCGCUUGUUGGGUAUUGCUGGAGGGAUCUGCAGCAACUGGAGAAACUUUGCCAGAAGAUCUAUUUCCCUUCUGAUUCGGUUCCGACCGGCUCCCAGACGCUGAUGCACGGCAUCCUCUUCUUCACCCUGCGAGAUUACAUAACCGAAAACGACACCGCCCUAUCUAACUGGGACUUGGCUGCUUAUGCUGAGCUGUGCGAGCACAACUUUUACCAAUGCCUGGAGAGGUACGAGAGUCUCGUCGUCCCGACUCUGGAGAAUAUUCAGUCUUUGCUUCUUGCGGCUACUAGAGCACAGGAGCAGUCCAAGCUCCAGCUGGUCUGGACUUAUGUAUCCGCUGGCCACUCCAUGUGCCAGACUCUAGGCUAUCACCGAGAGUCACAUCUCAAGAGAGACCCACCUGAACUUGCCGAUAUCAAGCGUCAUGCCUUCUGGAGUCUGUACAUGGCAGACAAAAACCUUUCUCUCUGUCUAGGAAGAAAGAGCAAUUUCCAGGAUGACGACAUCGAUGUGGAGUACUUCAAGAAGUCGACAAACCCCAAAUAUCGCGCAUGGGAUGAGAUUGUAUUCGCGUCGAUUAAUUUUGCGAGGGUUCAAGGCGAAGUUUACGACCGGCUGUACUCGAUCGGCGCAUCGAGGGCACCUCCGGAGCAGAGACUGCAGGCCGUCGAGGAAUUGGCGCAGAAGAUGGUGCACUUGCGCAACGAGCUUGUGUCGGUCGACCCAACCGGAGCCGAGUACGGAGAGCAUUUGGACAGCAUGACCCACGCCGCCGACUUCAUUGCGUACACGGUCCUCACGGUCAUCUACCGGGCCCAGACUUCGACUGGAACAGGAAUAGAGGUCAGCUCGAAAUGCUUUGAGACGGCGCGGUUGGGACUGCAGUCCCAUCUAAAAUGCUUCGAGUCGUUCCAAAGCUCCACUAUGCUUGAGCAGAUUGACUACGUCACAUGGAUUCUACUUUACCCUUCUUUCACCCCGUUCGUGGUGGUGUUCACGCAUGCGAUUGCCACCAUGUCUGUAGAUGACCUCUCGCUGCUGCAGGAGACAGUGGGGACUCUGGACCAGGCCAAGCACAUCUCAGAGGGUGCACAGCGGCUGUACGACGUGUGCAAGGCCUUUGCAGACGCAGCCGAGGUUCUGAUAAACUCGCGGCAGACGCUCACGGGCAUGCAGCAGCACGAUGACGGGUCCCUCGUGUUUCCGGCGGUGACGGACCCUCAUCCGCCCACCAUGUCGGCGCAGGACUUUGCGUGGCCAGCGUGGCCCGACGCAACGCAUGGACUGGAUGUGAACAACAUGGACAUGUCGAUGUUUCUGGGUAACUGGCUGGGCGCGAACCGCCCCGUCAUGGAUAUGCUCAAUCUCGACUCGACUGACCAAGAGCUGAGCAUGUAA